AUGGAAGGCACAUUUAAGAUUGUUCCAUUUUAUACGAGCAUUUUUGCAUUUUAUUACGUGAUUUUAUCAUUUCGAAUUAUAUCACUUAGGAGAAAAUAUCGGAUCUCUCUUGGAGAUGGUAUACUCGAAUUCAUCGCCUUUAUCGAUCAAGAACGCACUAAAUCUCUACCUGAAGUGGAUUCGUCAACAAAAACGGCACAUCCGUACAGUCACGUGAACAUAGACUACACCAAACUUCGACAUCUUCAACGAACUGUUAGGGCGCAUGCAAAUUUUUCGGAAUACAUUCCAUUAGGGUUAUUAUCGAUUUUCUUUAUCGAGAUUAACAAAUACUUGUCAUCGACUUGGAUACAUGUUGCGUGUGGAGCAUUAUUAGUGUCGAGGAUUUGUCAUGCUGAAUUGGCAUUUAAUGACAAUAAUAAUAAGUUGGCAAUUAACAUCUGGAGACGAGUAGGAAUGGGCCUUACUUUUUUAACUUUAUUAAUUUCUGGAAUCAUUAAUGGAUAUAAUUUUUUCUUUUGA